AUGGCGCCAAUUCUCACCUCCAACCCAGCCCUCACACUGGUUCCCGAGCCUCUGAGCCCGGCCAGCUUCGCCCAAUUCGGCACAGCAAUUCAAUCGCCUCUACCACGCGACCUCAGCGUUGCCUUCAGCCCUAUCUCACCUAUGCUGGACAACUACAAGAAUGGACCAAGCGGAACACCCUCAGAAACAAGAUUGACCAUGUUCUGCUGCUUCCCGCGCAAACUCCGCAGUAUCACAGCCACCAACCAACCUGAGAAAGAAGCCUUCGAUGUUCGCAUUCUAGAGCGCCACCCAUACACCCACCAAACUUUUAUUCCUACCGAUCUAUCUAGCCACUCUAAGGUUGGAAACGGCGAGGAGGAACCCGUUUUCCUGGUCGUUGUUGCGCCCACACUUAAGGGUGAAACCGCUACCGCGAAGACCGAUGCUGGCGAAACUAUUACAAUUCGCGAUCCGCCCGAUCUGCGUAACGCAAAGGCUUUCAUUGGACGAGGUGGCCAGUCCGUUACGUAUGCUGCUGGCACUUGGCAUGCGCCGAUGGUCGUGCUUGGCCCGCGCCGUGUGGAUUUCGUUGUCGUGCAACACGUCAAUGGUGUCGAUGACGAGGAUUGUCAAGAGGCGGCAUUCGGCGAAGGUAUUAAUGUUGAUCUUGGGCACAAGGGUCAGUAUGGCCGGAAAGAGCUGAAGGGGCCAAAGCUUUGGACAGCAGCAAAGCUUUAG